AUGUCGACGGAGGAGGCUGUUGUCUCUGAGGUCCCGGUGACCGGGGUGGAUGCGGAGACCGACAAGGCGAAGAAGGCACCAAAGGAGAAGGUGCCCAAGGAGAAGAAGCCAUCCGCGGCGAAGAAGCCGGUGGCGCACCCUCCCUACGCUGAGAUGAUCUCAGAGGCAAUUGCUGUCCUGAAGGAGAGGACUGGGUCGAGCUCGGUGGCCAUCGGCAAGUACGUCGAGGAAAAGCACGGCGGCAAGCUUCCCACCAACUUCCGCAAGCAGCUGACAGUGCAGCUGAAGAAGCUUGCUGCCGCUGGCAAGCUGACGAAGGUGAAGAACUCCUUCAAGCUGCCGGCCGCCCACCCUGCCACUGACGCCAAGCCCAAGGCCGUCAAGCCCGCCGCCAAGACCAAGGCACCAAAGGCGUCGCCGAAGGCUAAGGCCAAGACUGCUCCCGCUGCCGCGGCGGCCAAGCCCCGCGGGCGCCCUCCCAAGGCUGCCAAGACCUCCACCAAGGCCUCCGCAGCCAAGGCAGCCAAGAAGGCUGCUCCCGCUGCCAAGAAAGAGAAGGCAGCGACGACGCCCAAGAAGGCGGCGACCCUGAAGAAGGCGGCCGCCGCUGCUUCUCCGGCCAGGAAGGGUGCGGCCAGGAAGGCCAAGAAGUAG